AUGUCUACCAAAAUCGGCAAAACAUUCACACCCUUUCGAAAACUCCCACUCGAGCUCCGCCUUAUGAUUUGGGGAUUGGCAAAGCCAGCUGGUCGAAUCAUCGAACUUAAUCUACUUGAAAGAUCUACUAUCAAAGAAGAAUGGAACUUGGAUCGAUUUCCCCAAGCUUCGGAUCAGUCUGACCACGCCGAGAACGGUGACGAAAACCCGAUCAGAUACAACAGAUUAUGGGGCUUUAAAUCCAACGCUUCAAUUCCAGCACUCCUACUCGCGUGCCGUGAGUCGCAUGGAGUCGCAUCGAAGUGGUAUCCGCGAGUAUUUCAAUGCUAUGCUGACAACCCGCAAAUAUUGCGAUUCCCUCCCGCUAUCCAAGGACUAGGUUCAGUCUCACUCCCACAGACGUACUUCAAUUUUGAAGAAGAUACACUCUUCAUCACGCCCGAAACGUUUCGUCCCAGAUACAAUGCUGAAAAUGACGAAGUAUCGCGAUACCUCGAUAAUCGCGCGGGAGUUCCGGGACCAAUCAUACCAGGGGUUUCCAGGCUGGUGUAUGAUCCAGAUUUUUUAAAAAUUGAGAACCUUGCUAUCCAAUUGACUUCCGAUUAUUGGAUUUUGUACUGGGACGCCUAUUCGGAGUGGCUGGCCAGAUGUCUGGAGCGUGGAUUUCGCAACCUCAAGACGCUUAUCAUUGUGGUCGAUCAACAUGUUCUAUCGCCUCGCUGGAGAGAAACGCAGGGCGUGAAGAUGUCGAAAGAAGAUAGAGCAGAUCUUGUAUAUAUGGAUAAAUUGAUCGAUGUCCAGGAUGCUUGCCGUUUCUACCACCCCGAUCGUCCGAUUCUCGAGGAUGAAAAAAGAAAGUGGAUAAAACCAAAACCCAAUGCCUCUUAUUUCGCACAGAGCCAUAUCAGAAAGUUGACCCAACACAUGAUGGGAGUUCUCAGAGAAGAGCAUAUUAAAGCUGGUAAAUUGCUGUGGGAUCUGCCAGAGAUACAAUUCAAGAUUGUCCUUCCCGCGAAGAUUAAAGCAAAUUUACAUCGGAACAUGCAGCGAUACAAAAAGAAAUUUGCUGUUUGGCAAAGAGAAGCUGCUUCAAAGUCGAAGAAACAGGAAGAUAUCUCAUGA